AUGAGCCGAAAUGGAAGAGCUGAAGUUCUCGAGAGGAUUGCUGAUCUCGUCGCUGAAAACAAGGAGAAAUUAGCGGCUUUGGAAACUGAGGACACGGGGAAGCCGUUGAGCGUGUCUCGAAAUGUGGACGUGUCGCGAGUUGAGGAAAAUUUCCGUUAUUUUGCGGCGAAGUUGCGCGUGCAAGAAAACUCGUGUAGCUCUUUGAAACCAGGUAGGCUAUUAUG